UCUUCUUCUUGGCUCCUGUAGGACCCACGUCCCCCCCUCCGUCUCGUCCUUUCUGCAUACUUUCGUGUCCCUUCUUUUCGCUCCCUUCCUUCCUCCCUCCCUCCCUCCCUCGCUCGCCUUGGCGCUUGGCUUGGCCCUUGUGCUGCCUUGGCACAUGUGCGGGUCGGGUCCGAACGACCGAACGUCCGAGCGAGCAACGAAGCUGGCGGACGAAGGGGCUCUCUCAGGAGAGAAAAGCGAGCGAGCGAGCGAUCGAUUCAGUGUUGGGUUCAGUGCUUUAUGUAUGUAUGUAUGUAUGGCAUUUGAGUAGAUGUGCGGAGUGAGCUUACCUGCUCCCACUUCCUGCUGCUGCUGCUCCUGCGGCCGCUGCUGGCUGGUGUGUGCUGAGCUAGCUCGGUAGAGAGACAGCUGCUGCUGCUCGCGAGAUUGUUAAGUGGGUGUCGCAGUGUGAUCUUUACUUUGAGUGUGAGGGCGAGCUCGAGCUGGUUUGGGCUGUCGAGCUGAAGCGAAUUGGUGGCGAGAGAGAGAGAGAGAGAGAGAGAGCCCCUCACAGGGCGGGCAGCUCGUAGGCAACAACAGGCAGCAAGCAUCAAGGAAGGCAGGAAGCAACGAAGGAAGGAAAGAAAGAAGUGAGCAAGCAAGCAAGCGAGCAGCUGUGGAGGGCGGGACGAGGCAGAGUGUCGGCGGGCAGACGGAGAGAAUGAUUCUUCGGCACCAGCUCGCGUGCAUUGGAGUGGCAACGCUCCUCCUACUCAGUCUCGCUUCCAUCCCUGGAGUGGAUGCCACCCUCGGAGUGAACUACGGGACGGUGGCGAACAAUCUGCCGACUCCAGCUGACGUCGUAGCGCUGCUGAAGACGACCACCAUCACGAGGGUGAAAUUGUACAAUGCGGAUCCGGCGAUCAUCAGCGCCUUCUCCGGCUCGGGGAUCUCGCUGGUCGUGGGCGUGAGCAACGACCAAAUUUACUCCCUGGGCCGCUCUCCAUCCUUCGCGCAACAAUGGGUGACUGCCAACGUCGCCUCGUACGUGCCAGCGACGAACAUCAUCGCCAUCGCCGUCGGAAACGAGGUGCUGACGGCGUCCCCGAACCUACAAUCCAGUCUCGUACCUGCCAUGCAAAAUUUGCACACAGGGCUCGUCAAUUUGGGGCUGGCGGACCGAAUCAAAGUCUCCACGCCGCAUUCCUUCGGAGUCAUCACGAAAUCGUACCCGCCGAACAUGGGGCUCUUCCGAGCGGACUUGUCAGCCGAUGUGUUCACUCCAAUGUUGGACUUUCUGGCGCAAACCGGAGCGCCAUUCAUGAUCAAUGCGUACCCGUACUUCGCGUACCGAGACGAUUCGAAGCUCUCGAUCGCGUACGCGCUGUUCGAGCCCAACACGGGAGUCACGGAUCCGGCCACGGGGCUGCACUACGACAAUCUGUUCGACGCGCAAGUCGACGCCGUGUACGCCGCCAUGGGAAGACUGGGGCACCAGGACAUCAAGGUCGUGGUGUCGGAAACCGGAUGGCCCUCGUUCGGCGAUGCUGGCGAAUCGGGCGUCGGGGUCACCAACGCUCAGACCUACAACGGCAACCUCAUCAAGCAUCUGGCGCAGGUAACGGGCACUCCUGCCCGACCCAACGCGGCCGUCGAGACUUACAUCUUCUCGCUGUUCAAUGAGAAUCUGAAGCCCGGGCCUGCAUCAGAGAGGAACUUCGGAUUGUUUCUCCCCGACAGGAACACUGUCUACAAUGUGGGAAUCCAGACAGGACCCUCGCCUCCCAUGAACUCGGCUCCGCCCCCUCCGCCGGGAAAUUCGACCUCACCGCCUCCCUCGACCCCUGCUCCUGCUUCUCCUCCUCCUCCUCCUCCUCCUACCGCAGCGUCGCCCCCCCCAGCGUCGAACGGAACGGCUCCGCGUCCCCCUCCCCCUCCGACGACCUCUCCUCCCCCGAACCCAGCGCCUGCUCAUCCCCCUCCGCCCCCGACCACCACCCCGACCCCCCCGACGGCAUCGCCGCCGCCGCCACCACCGGUCGUCCCGACCCCUCCCACUCCUCCUCCUCCGUUCUCGAUCCCUCCGCCUCCCCCGUUCACACCGCCGCCUUCUCCCCCUCCUCCCAAGGCCCCUGCUCCAUCGACACCUCCGUUCAAUCCGAGCCCUCCUUCUCCGCCGAUGGUGAUGCCGCCGCCUCCUCCCGCAGGAAUUCUGCCUCCCGUCGUGCCGAGCCCCAGCCCGCCGAUGGCAUCGCCUGCUCCUCCCACCACGCCGGGAGUAACUCCGCCGCCGUCCGGGAAGGAUACGUGGUGCGUCGCCAAGCCGGGAUCUUCUCAGGUCGAUCUGCAGAAUGCGCUGAAUUUCGCCUGUGGAGAAGGGGGAGCUGACUGCUCGGCCAUUCAAGACAGCGGUCCCUGCUUCUUGCCCAAUUCUUUGUUCUCUCAUGCUUCGUUCGCUUUCAACAGCUACUACAGCAAGUCCGGCCGCAAUUACUGGAACUGCUUCUUCGGCAAUUCUUCGUUGAUAACCAUCACCAACCCAAGUUACAGCACUUGCCUCUACCCUUGAGCGAUUGGAAUUGAGAAAUGGGAAGGCCCAACAUUUUGCGUCUCCUACACCGUUGGACUUUUCAUCUGUACUCACUCGGACUGGAGCCUUCACAGGCGCUUUAGGCUCAAUGUAAUAGUAAUAAGUACUUUAGAGUCUUAGGAACGUCGGAAGUGGAAAGUAAAUAGUGUCACCGUGAGCAAGCGAAGAGAUGGGCACCUUGUGAGCUUUCUUCGCCCACCUUCCCGAAGUAGAAUGUGCAGAGAGUGUUAUUCUUGCUUACCUUCAAUAUACAUUUUUUUCCCCUGAUAUGAAGUGAGAUUCCCCACACGAAAGUCGUGAAGACAGUCUGAAACUUGGUUACAUCGGUGCUUCGCACUUCCGUUCAGUCCGUUCUCAAGUGUUAGUCAGUCUGAGCUGGAGGAAUCUCGCGGACUAAUCAGGCCCAGGCUAAAAUCAGCGAGAUCUGACUCCAAAUUAUUCAACAACGAUCUCAAAUUAUGCACAGAUCUCGUCAGCUCCUGCUUCAACUAGUAAAAGUCGGACUCUGUGCAAUGAUUGCCAUCCAUCGGGAAAGCGACUACAAUAGGCACCAUAUUUGCAAUCAUAGGACUGUGCUUUGGAGAGUGAUUUUACCUUCUGGUCAAGAAGAAAGGUGUGAGGAAAUGAUGGCAAGGUAUAUGCAAAAGUGAACGUAUAUGCAAAGAGAUGAACGUAGUCUUGGGUUUUCCACCGCUCAAAUGAACAUGUUAAGUGUCGACAGUGACGACGUACCCAAUAAUGGUAGGUACGGCAUACGACUCAGAGAGGUCGUCCUGUAACGAAGAUAUCAGCAAAGCUGAGAGCCAGUACACCACAUUCCA